UAAACCCCUCAUUCAUUUUAGCUAAAUCAUCCAAAGAACAUAAAUAGAUGUAAAAUAUAUCAAAUACAGUUUAUACAUUAUUGUGCUUUUGCGUUUAUUGGCACAACUCGAGGCCAACGAAAGUUUGUUUCGGUGAGUAAAGAUCCUUUAGAUGAAGAUGGUGCGCCCAAUUCGUCGCAAGGGAAUCGAGGAAGUCUACGGUUCCAAAAUGGAUACGUUGCAUCCGGUAAAGUCGGUGGCGAUAUCCCAUGCAGGUGUGAAUAAGAAAACAGCAAGGACUGAGAGAUCGGGUCCAGGCGGUGCAACUGGCGGUGGAGGAACCAUUAGCUCCCGACAAGUCGAUGCUCGCACUCAGCGCAGUUUUGUCACCGAAAAUGAUUACUACAUCACCACCAAUCUGCCGUUGACGGCGGCCAAUCUGCGAAAUGCCCCCGGUUCGAUGGCUCAGCCAUCAAUAUCGCAAAUGAUUCCCGGCCAUGUCCAGCCAUCUCCAUACAACGCCAUGCCCUCGAGGCGAAACCAAAUGGCCAACAAGGCCAGUGCCCGUCAGGCGCCGAUGAACAAGGUGCCGCAUUUUAGCCCAACCGAGGGCACGGUGAACCCUAAUGGCUAUGGCAUGUCCAAGUCGAAGGAGACAUACCGAAUGAAGCACCGCGAAAAGGGCAAUACCCAGAGGAACGACUAUCCAAUGGAUGACAACGACGACUUCUCCGAUAAGGAAAUAAUGGUGCCCCAGCAGGGAAAUGUGGGAAAUAUGCGCCGGCACAAUCAGCACUCUCAUGCACAUCAAAUGCAAAUGCAGUUGCAAUCCGGAGCAAUGCAGCAUCCGCCGCAGCACCAGCUGCACCAGCAGCAGCAGAUGACUACUCACCAUCACCUCAAGCAGCAGCAACAGCAGCGCCUCCAGCAUUCGCAACCGCAUCAGCAUCAGCAUCCGCAUCAGAAGCAGAUGCGUGGGCGACAGCCUGUUCCGGCGAGCAAGGUGCACGUGAGUACCGCCGAUGACGAUGAAGAUAAGGAGGACGAUCCUGAGGAGUUCUUUGACCUGAUCCGCCAGACUGUCAAAACGGCCGUUGGCAACACCAUAUCCGAUGCUCUGGCAAAGAACUUUCGCGAUCUGAGCCACAAAAUCGAAAGGUUCUCGGGCGAGUUGAAGCAGACAAACGCUAACCUGGAUAAGCUGCAGGAACAAGUCACUAGCAAGGUAAUUUACUUCGGUGAGGAAAACUCCCGACACUUUCGGUACUUGUGCAUGAAAUCCGAGUACGAUAAAAUGUUUUACCAGCAUCAAUCGCUGAUGAAUGGAAAGCCAACUCAGGAAAUGCUGAGUCUUUCGAAGGCGAACUUAGAAGCAGUGGCCUCAGUCAGUCAGAAUGUGACACGGAAACCGUCGCAUAGUUUAAAACAACAACCAGGAAAAGUGAUUAGGAACCAAAUCAAAAUGCCUGUUAGCGCAAAAAAAGACCAUAGCGAGUCCCUGAUGAACUCCUGUGCCUAUCGUAGCAUCUCCAAAGCUCAGCAGCCAGUUCAUGCUCCACAAAAGUCGUCAUCGGACCAAAGUUUAGUUGUAAAAUCAUCUGAUGUGGGCGUGCUAGAAGCCCUGGAUCAGAUUCAGCGCUACUGCAAUCAGGUGAAACUUAAGGAUAUGAAUGGUCAGAUGCCGGCUGAACUGCCCAAUCUCGAGGACAUCUUGAUACCCAAGAAUAAUUCAAGCGGUGGACUUUGUGAGCCAGCAGCCAUGAGCUCUAGGACCCUCGCAGGCUGUCAGAAAAAUAAAAAGGUUGACGACACACAGAUGGAAACGCCCAUUGAUAGUACGGAUGAGACCUACACCGAAGUGGAUGACUUCCAGCUCUCCUCGGACAUCUCGACCUGCAGCGAGGACGAUGACUGCGGCAUCAAGUAUCCAAGUGGAGCAACCACGAGCCGGCCCAACCGCAAAUUGAAUCGAAGGGUAGCCAACCAAGGCGCCGGAGAUGGUCAGUAAGGCCACUGGAGUGAAGAUAAGGAGCAUUUAAACUGAAGGGUAACCCUUUCCUAGAUAUCGCCUUAAUACUUAUUUAAAUAUUACUUUUGGAAUGACCUAAAUUAUUUCUGAUAAUGUAAAACAAAAAAAAAAUUGUAUCAUAUGUUUCGACAAAUUAACUAUAACUUAUCGUACCUGGCGUACAUGUAUUCAUUUCAUUCAUCUUUAGGAUCACAAUUAAACGAUGUUCAAAAUUUAAAA